UGGGAUUUGAGUUUUUUGCUCCAUUUGUGACCUCGCAAAAGCGGAUGAAAUAAACUACAUCUCCCAUUAAAAAGCCCAAGAAGGAGUCCUCCAUUCCGACAGAUCCUUCGGUAGAUUACAGCCUCUUCUCCUCUCUCCGUGUUAUUGAGGGGGAGCGGAGCGGAGAGGAGCUGAUCGAUCCGCGGUCAUGGAGGAAUAAAAGCACACGCUCCUCAUCCAUCACCCGCUCCCGAGCAGGAAUAUAUCACGGUCAUGCAGCGCGCGCACGGGAGGAUCUGAGCGCGACUGCCGUUAAAGAUGAUGUCCGCGGAGGAGCAGCAGCGCGAGUGGAUCGGGGCGUCGCGGGAGUCGGAGGAGGUGCAGCGGCUGUCCCGGGAACUGGCCGAGACCACGCAGGAGAAGAUCCAGGCGGCAGAGUACGGGCUCGCGGUGCUGGAGGAAAAGCAGCAGCUCAAGCUGCGGUACGACGAGCUGGAGGCGGAGUGCGAGAGCGUGCGUCAGGAGCUCGAGCUGCUGAGAGAGGCGUUCGGACAGGCUCACUCCAACCACCGGAAGGUGGCGGCGGACGGCGAGAGCCGCGAGGAGUCGCUCAUCCAGGAGUCGGCGUGUAAAGAGGCGUAUUACGAGCAGCGCGUGCAAGAGCUGCAGACGGAGCUGAGACAAGCUCGAAACAUCCUGACCAACACCCAGUCGGAGAACGAGCGGCUCGCCAGCAUCACGCAGGAGCUGAGAGAGAGCAGUCAGAUGGUGGAGCUGCAGAGGUCUCGCCUGCGGGACGAUCUCAAGGAGUUCCAGAUCCGAGAGGCUCGUCUCCUGCAGGACUACAGCGAGCUCGAGGAGGAGAACAUCACGCUCCAGAAGCACGUGUCCGUCUUAAAGCAGGGCCAGGUGGAGUUUGAGGGUCUGAAGCAUGAGAUGCGUCGUCUGGAGGAGGAGACCCAGUUCCUGAACAGCCAGCUGGAGGAUGCGGUGCGUCUGAAGGAGAUCGCGGAGCGGCAGCUGGGAGAGGCGCUGGAGACCAUCAAGACGGAGCGCGAGCAGAAGGCCGCCUUGAGGAAGGAGUUGUCCCAGUACAUGAGCAUCGGGGACUCGCUGUACCACAGUCCUCUGAGCAUCUCCCUCGACGGCCUGAAGUUCAGCGACGACACCUCCAUCGAGCCCAACAACGACCAACCGCUCCACGUCUACGAGAGCGGCUUCCACAAGAUGGCCGACAUCGACGACAACCGCGUCUCCUCGCCCAAGAACGGAGAGUUGUUCCAGCCGUCCUCCAGCCUCGUGGACAACCUCCUGAACGAGCUCAACAUCUCCGAGAUCCAGAAGCUCAAGCAGCAACUGCUGCAGGUUGAGCGUGAGAAGGUGACGCUGCUGUCUACACUGCAGGAGUCUCAGAAGCAUCUGGAACAGGCCCGUGGAGCGCUCUCUGAGCAACACGAGAAGGUCAGCCGGCUCUCGGAGAACAUCAGUGCCAUGCGCAAGCUCCAGGCCAGCAAAGAGCGCCAGUCCGCCCUGGACAACGAGAAGGAGCGCGACAGCCACGAGGACAGCGAGGACUACGAGGUGGACAUCAACGGCCCCGAGAUCCUGGAGUGCAAGUACAAGGUCGCAGUGUCCGAGGCAAGUCAACUGAAGGAGGAGCUGAAAGCGUUAAAGGCGGAGCACUCGGCCUGUCAAUCACAGUACGAGGAGGAGCAGGCGCAGCUGGAGAGCAGGGUCUCGUCUCUGAGCGCGCAGGUGUCGUCUCUGGAGCGCUCGAGCCGACUCGACCGCGAGCAUCUGGAGCGCGUGGAGAAGGAGCUCCGGCAGGCCAGUGAAGUGGCGGGCGAAUCGCAGGGCAGCCUCAACAUCGCCCAGGACGAGCUCGCCACCUUCAGCGAGGAGCUGGCCAACCUGUACCAUCACGUCUGCAUGUGCAACAACGAGACGCCCAACCGCAUCAUGCUCGACUUCUACCGCGAAGGUAAAGCCGGGAUAAAUGGCGCACAGACUACAGGUUGGUGCAGUCCUGAUGGUCGUGGACGCCGAUCUCCAAUCCUGCUGACCCGCGGACUCUUUCCCAGCGCCGAAUCCAGCGACGGACCGUCAUCUCCUGUGGCCGAUCCCCGUAAGGAGCCCAUGAACAUCUAUAACCUGGUGGCCAUCAUCCGGGACCAGAUCCGGCACCUCCAGCUCGCCGUGGACCGCACCACUGAGCUCUCCCGCCAGCGCAUGGCUUCUCUGGAACUGGGUCUCGGGGCCGACCGCGAGCAGGAGGCCAGCGUGGAGGAGAUCCUCAAGCUCAAAUCUCUCCUCAGCACUAAGAGAGAGCAGAUUGCCACUCUGAGAACCGUCCUGAAGGCCAACAAACAGACCGCUGAGGUUGCGCUGGCCAACCUGAAGAGCAAAUAUGAGAAUGAAAAGGCCAUGGUGACGGAAACCAUGAUGAAGCUUCGCAACGAGCUCAAAGCCCUUAAAGAGGACGCGGCCACUUUCUCCUCGCUCAGGGCCAUGUUUGCCACACGCUGUGACGAGUACGUGACUCAGUUGGAUGAGAUGCAGAGACAGCUAGCGGCGGCGGAGGACGAGAAGAAGACGCUGAACUCUCUCCUGCGUAUGGCUAUCCAGCAGAAGCUAGCGCUAACACAGCGGCUGGAGGACCUGGAGGUCGACCACGAGCAGAUCCGCCGCGGACGCGCUAAACCCGGCUGCUCGCGCGCUAAACCCACCCCGUCCGACUAACGUUCAUCCUGGGAACGACACAUUCCUCCACUGCCACUGGAGAAACACUGGAUGGCAUGUUUUUUAUUCGUAGUCUUACUUAAUUGUAGACUCUGCAAACGAGUAAAUUCAGGGUUGUGUUCACACACACACACACACACACACGGAAGCCAGAGCUCACAAAAAAGCCCUGAAAACUUUAUUCAAAAGAAAAGAAAACGAGCUGAUUCUUUUCCUCAAAACAUUCAUCUGUGUUUUGAGAUUUUGUAACCUCUGCUCUUUUAAUAUAAGCUUAAAAUGUUUUUUAUGAUAUAGUUUUGAGGUGUUCUGGUCCGCGAGUCGGUUACGCUAGUAUCGGAUUACUUUCUAACUCUCUCAGUCUUUAUGAAACGAGUCUGUCAGAUUAUUCCUGUGGUUUACUGACACGUUGCGCUUCUCACAUUCCUUUCACUGCCAUGUUUUAAACACAAGCACAGGCGGUCAGGUGCUGGGAUUAGAUCUAUUUAUUAUUAUUAUUACAUAUUAUUAUUUUCUCUUUAUAGGAAUGGUUUAAAGUGAACAAGUAAAAGCAUUACAUUGUGGCUUAAUCUGAUCGGAAGUAAAACCAGCAAAUAAACUGAAUGGACUUUUGUGUAACGCCUCACAAAAGCUUCAAAUGAUUAUUAAUUAACAACACAGCAUUUAUUAAUCUAGGUUAAUUUCUUUAUGUAUGCAUACAUUUUUAAGUUAACAUUAGGUUCUUGUAUUAUGAACAAACAUGUGAACAACAGUAUAUCCAAAUAUUAACCUGGAUAGGGAUGCACUAUAUAUCGGUAUCGGCUGAUAUCGGUUUAUUUUUAGUGUUAUGGUCAUCGGCCCGAUAAGAAUAUUUGUCCGAUAUAUUAAAGCCGGUAAAUAAUGGAUUAUUUCCUUCAGCCGAGACGCUUCAGAUGCGCACUGUUCAACAUGGUUUUAAAUUGCUUAAAAUAUGAUUGGAAUCCCUUCAGAAAAGGAAAAUACAGUACGUCUACAUUAUAUUAUAACGAGAACAUUAUGAUUUUGUGUUUGAGACAUGGAUUUAAUGGUGAGGCUUUUGUUAUUGUAAUUAGGCUCUCAAAAAGUAUACACAAAUUUGGAUUUAGAUUUAUCUGCCAAUAUAUCUGUUAUCGACUUUCAAAUAUAAAGAAUUUUUGGUUAUUGGCCAAUAUAUCCGUUAUUGGCUUUCAAAUAUACAGAAUUUUCGGUUAUUGGCCAAUAUAUCGGUUAUCGGCUUUCAAAUAUAAAAAAAUAUUGGUUAUCGGCCAAUAUAUCGGUUAUCGGCUUUCAAAUAUAAAGAAUUAUUGGUUAUCGGCCAAUAUAUCAGUUAUUGGCUUUCAAAUAUAAAGAAUUAUCGGUUAUCGGUAUCGGUUAUCG